AUUGAUGCAAAAGAGACAACUUAAUGGGAAUGCCUUUAUAAACUUUACAAGAAAGUAGGCUUUGCUCAAUCUUAAAUGAAACACUGUUCACGGUGAAUGAACAUUGUACUUUUUGUAUUUAGUUUCAACAAGCUAAAACAUAUAACAGCGUGAUCGUGUGCAUACCGCACUGAGUGAGAAACUGGAGGAAACAGUACGCGUGUUAGUGUGCAUACCGCACUGAGAGAGAAACUGGAGGAAACAGUACGCGUGUUUUGACUUUGCAAGUUAAAAAUAAGAAUAAACUUAUAAUAUAUUUCGUUUUAAGCAACAACGAAGAACAUACCACACAUAUAUCAUGGAUAGUUCUGCAGAACCAGACAUAGAUAUGGCGGCUGACAACACGGAGUCACCGGAAGGAUUGAAAGACGUGAAGAGGGACCAGCAAGCUCUCCGGCCACGAGUAAUCUACUCGGUGCAAGAUAUACCACCGCUGUAUUUGUGCUUGAUUCUUGGAUUUCAGCACUACGUAACGGCGGUGAGCGGCAUCAUUUCCACUCCUCUCAUGUUACGGGACCAUUUCUGUAUGGACGACGAUGACGUGGGUGUCAGCGAGCUCAUCGGCACAAUCCUGUUUGUUUCUGGCCUAGCAACCCUCCUCCAGAGCACCAUUGGCAUACGGUUACCAAUCGUUCAGGGAAGCACGAUAACGUUUGUAGUCCCGACCCUCGCCAUCAUGUCACAACCACAAUGGAAAUGUCCGUAUACCGAGGCAAGAAAGACAUAUGGACAGAGUGUUAACUUUACAGACAUUGGAUUGCCACCAGUUGGCAGCGAAGGUCACAGAGAGAUUUGGCAAAGCCGUGUGCGAGAAAUUCAGGGGGCUAUAAUAAUUGCUUCUAUAUUUCAAGUCGUUAUAGGAUUUUUCGGGAUUAUGACAUACGCGAUCAAGUUCAUAGGCCCAUUAUCUAUCAUUCCUAUAAUCACGUUGACGGGCAUUUCUCUGUUUCCGGUGGGGUCCAAAAUGUCCUCUGGUCAAUGGUGGAUUGCUGUUAUGACUAUGCUCCUUAUAACAAUAUUUAGUCAAUAUAUGAAGGAUUUUAAAGUUUGGACAUUCUCAUGUACUGCAGAUGGUUGUAAAAGAUCAGGACUUAACGUGUUUGGGUUAUUUCCAAUACUGUUGUCGAUGAUUAUUUCAACUAUAAUUUGCUCCAUUUUAACCGCAACAAACGUGUUACCUGACGAUAAAGAGAAAUGGGGUUAUUUAGCGCGGACUGAUACGAGUCUUGACGUGUUAAGUAAAUCUAAAUGGGUGAAUUUCCCGUACCCAGGUCAAUGGGGCACACCAACAAUAUCUACCGUCGGAGUGUUCGGUAUGUUGUCGGGUGUACUUGCCGCAAUGGUGGAAUCAGUGGGAGACUACUUUGCAUGCGCAAGAUUAUCUGGUGCUCCACCACCUCCUUUGCAUGCUGUAAACAGAGGCAUUUUCAUCGAAGGCAUAUGCUGUGUUCUAACAGGAGCAUGGGGCUCGGGAAACGGGACUACUUCUUUUAGCGAAAACAUCGGUGUAAUAGGUCUUACAAAAGUCGGAAGUCGACGUGUUGUUCAGAUUGGAGGUCUUAUGAUGCUUAUACUUGGAUGUUUUGGUAAAUUCGCCGCUCUGUUCCUAAUUAUCCCCAAACCUGUGCUAGGUGGAACAUUUAUGGUAACGUUUGCUAUGGUCACAGCUGUUGGUCUAUCAAAUAUGCAAUACAUCGAUCUUAACAGCUCUAGAAACCUUUUUGUUGUAGGAGUUCCAAUUUUCUUUGGCUUAAGCCUUUCACAAUGGAUCGCACAAAACGAUAGCAUCAAAACAGGAAAUACUACCGUUGACCAACUAUUUACCGUACUGCUCAGUACCGGUAUGUUUGUUGGUGGCAUAUUAGGAUUCAUUUUGGAUAAUACAGUACCUGGUACGGAUGAAGAACGAGGAUUAAAAACGUGGAGACAAAACUUAAGUGAUAAAGGUGAAGCUAGCGACUUAGAGGAAAGAAAGGUGUACGACUUGCCAUUUAUUGGCAACCACAUACGGCGAGUGAACUGCUUAAAAUACUUGCCAAUAAGUCCGACAUUCGUUGUGAAUGAAACUGGUGUUACAAAUAAAGCGCUAGUUGGAAACACGAACCAAGCAUUUGACGGCAAAUAUGAUACCACUCAUUUAUGACACGUCAUCUUUGUACUGACGUGAAUCAACGCUUAGCUAGAACAAUAUGAAAGCAGAGCAGGAACAUAUUAAAUGAAAUGUUGUACAACAACUAAAUUUAAUAAGUAAGAUUUCACUGCCGUUUAUUUUCAGGAAUUGGUUCGUUCGUGUUGUCUUUUACAUUAGGCAACUGCAAAUAGACUAUAGUGGAAACUUAACAAUUAAACAUGUGUGUCGCCAUGUAGCUGUAAAACUCUCCAUGCGUCCAAACUGGAUUCUAAUUAAGGAUAACUUUGUGUACGUGUGCUUGUCUUCUUGGGUUCAGGUGCUUGAAUCAUUUGUACAAAAAGUAGCAAC